AUGUUUCCAGUACCUCAACAUCUUCCUAGAUCAGGAGGAGAUAAAAUCUCUUCAAAAAUAACGGAGAAUAAUCCAGAUCCAAAUCCAGAUUCAGAUCCAGUGUUAGAUUUAAUCCAACCUUUACUCAACAACGAAUCUAAGUUUACAGGUAAUCAAGUGAAAGAUGUCAGACAAAAUCUAGAGAACGCUGUUAAUGAAAAUAAGAGAAAAACACAUGAUCUAUUGAUCAAUAAUUUCCCUUCAAUAUCCACUCAAAUACAAUUAUCGACAUCCCUUCAUUCUGAUAUUUCCAAUGUCCAAUUUAAACUGUCCAAACUAGAAUCUGAGAUAGAUCCUUCUGAUACCAAAAUAUCAUUCCUUCCUCCAUUGAUUGAUAGCCUAAAUCGACAUUUUUCAGCUUCAUCUUCACGUUCAGCAGCUCAAUCACAUGUGAAAGCACUUAAAACUCUAUCGAAACGUGUGGAGAAAGUCAAGAGAUUCGAAGAAGCUGUUUGGACAGCUAGAUCAGCUGAUGAGUGGGUUUUGAACCAAGUGAUCGUCGAGAAAGGAUUUACGGUGGUCGAAGAUGAAGAUGAACGAAUAGGAGAAAAGGUGUUACAAGGCACAAAAUUAAUGCUUGCCAUACAGGCGAAAGAAUCACUUUUGAAAUCGAUGGUAAUUGAACAAAUUACAGAUGGAUUUAAUAGUGCUAUCUCGUUCUCUGCACCCGUUCAUGGUAAAGGAGCUUCCUUAAGCGUUCAAAGUCAUAUUGCACUCCAACAUCCCCGUACGACUCCACCUCGACAUUUCUCAUCAGCUACCUCUACCCAUUAUCCCAUUGCGGAGAUAUACAAUGCAUUAUCAAAGCUUGCCUUGCUGGAUGAAUUGCUUCGAACUCUCACAAAUAGACUUCAGAAAGAUCUAAUUCAACCAAUCGUCUCAUCAUCGUAUCGCGCAUCAAUAUCUUCCACCGACAAAUUAUCAAUUCUUCGAUUAACAUCUUCUUCUAGUCGAUCCCCAAUAGACGCUUUACAAGAUAUAAAAAUCUCACUCGACUUUAUUGCAGAUACCGUUUUCCCAUCAUCUUCUUCUUUACCUGAAAGAGAGACUUUCCUAUCUUCCCUUUCUACUUCAGCAUUCCAAUCCAUACUCGACUCACUCAUACAUCCUGCCCUUCCAUCAUCAUUGGAUGGAGUAUCAGGCUGGCUGUCAAUAAUACAACAAGCAGUAGAAGUGGAGACUACCUUUUCGAAACAAGGCGUACUUGCAAAGUUUUUCGAAAGAGACGCUGGAGUGACAUGGGCUCAACAACGUCGUUACGCUGUCGCCGAUGAAGUCAGACGAUUGAUCCUGAGUGGCUGGGGAGGAUGGGAGAAUGAAUCGAAGGGGAAAGAAAGAGAAGUGAUCACCUACAUUGAGGUGGAAGUGGAUGAACCCAUGUCUAUAGAUGAACCGGAAAUCAAGGAACCCACAAAUGGAGAAGAUGGUUUCGGAUGGGGAUUUGAUGUAUCACCUGAAAAGGAGAAAGUCAAGUCACUUGAGAAACCAGCAGCACGGGAAGAUGUCACUAUGGAAGAUGAUGGAUGGGGCUUCGAAGAGUCUUCCUCUGUGGCCGGACCCUCUAGUCCACCAAAAGCAACUAUGACCCCGCCAACGAAGAAUGAAGAAGGGGCAGAAGAAGAAGAGGACGGGUGGGAUUUGGAUCCUUCCCCUUCCCCAUCACAACCUCCUUCAGUCGCCGAACCUGAAUCUAACGUUACAUCCUUGACAGAUUCGCAAGUAAUAGCUAAACCAGCUAAACCAGCAAGAGAAGCUAAGAGAUUAGGAAAGAAAGUCGCCAAAGUGAAACAUGAGGAAGAUGAAUAUGAUUCAUGGGCUGAACCUGUGAAUCCGAGAGCUCAAAAUGGAUCAUCAAGUAAUAAGGCGAAUCAUCUCACUCCAGUUCCAUCUCCAAAAGUAAAUAUCACUUCAAUACCUCUACCAGAAUCGAAAGAAAACAGUGGUGAUGAUGGCUGGGGCUGGGAUGACGACACGAAUAAUAAAGUCACAUCCCAAGCUUCCUCCUCGACUGCACGACCAGAAGUCAAGGAGCCUCCUCGAUCGAAGAAAAGAAAGGAAAUGCGCGAGGAGAAAUCGACGAUACGAGAGAACUUCCUGGUUUCAACAUCUUGUGAGACACUCCUUGGAAUAGCAAAGAGCGUCUUGACGGAAAUAGAGGCCAUGAAGUCGUCCAAACUUUCUUCGCCAGCUUUCGACAUAUCGACACUUGAACCUAUUCUGAUAGAAGCGAUCAAAGAGGUAUUCACCUUAUACCGAGCUCUAUUACCCACUCAUUUCGCAAAUCAACUACGUGAUGUACCAAGUUUAUCGAUGCAAGCAUAUAACGAUACUUUGCAUCUGUCCACCUUGAUCUCGUCUCUAGCGGUCGGCCUGAACCUGCAAGAGGAGAAAGAGAGAUUGGAAGCUCUGGGCGAUCAUAUAUUCCAAAGUCAACUUGAAGUUCAACGGAUAGGUCUGAUAGAUUCUUUAGAGGAGUUAGAUGGAUUGGAAGGAACGAGUGAAGAGAAAAUCUUCAGAAAAGCUGAAAAAUCAAUUAAAGGUUUAAUACAUAACCUUGAAUCUUUAUCAAGGGUUGUCAAGCCAAUCUUACCUACUUCGAAAUACCUUGAAACGAUCUCGUACUUGCUUACCACGCUCAUAAUUAAGAUAACAAACGAUAUUUUGAAUUUGGGCGAUAUAACAGAAAUUGAAUCUCAUAGAUUAACGGAUUUGAUUAAACUGAUCUAUCCAUUAGAAGGUUUAUUUGAAAAUCACGGUGGUGUAGUCAGAUUCGUCAAUGGCUGGCUGAAAUUCUGUUAUAUUGCUGAGAUACUACAAGCAUCCCUUGUCGAUAUUACCUACCUUAUCGAUUCUGGUUCUCUAGUAGAUUUCACUUCAGAUGAACUGAUCACUCUAGUAAGAGCUUUGUUCGCCAGUAGUGAAAAAAGAGAUACAGUUGUUGAGAAGAUUGAAAGGGAAGGUACGAGUGGUGGAAGCAAUUCCUCUACCACCUUGAUAAACGAGGAAAGAGGUUUUAGUAUAGAUAGAUGA